AUGCCCGUUCCCUUCGAGACUCUCAUUCCCUAUGUCAUCAUCACUGCCAUGUUUGGCGUGACUGGUGCUGGGCUGAGCGGAAUCAGACACUACGCCGGUGGCGGAAAGAAGCACAGAUGGUCCCUUGAUACCUGGGACAGGGUAUUGAUGGACCGCGACAGACGACUUACAGGAGUCUUGCGAGGGCAAACAGACAAUGCCAUAGCCCCGCCAGGCUUCGAAGUCAAUCAGCCUUGGAGAGGCGAGAAACGCUUCUCCUAA